UGCAGCUAUGUGACAUUAGAGCUUACAGAAGAAUUGUUAAAUGUCUCGGGUUUUCUCAAUUGGAGGAGUUCAAGCUUGUGGUUGGGUCUCUAAACGAAUAUGACACCUCACAAUUAUUUGAGAGAACUAGUUUAGUUAUAAACAUGAAUUAUGGAGGAAGGAACCUUUCAGAAGCGGAGAUCACCGAAUUGAUUCCGAGAAAUGUGAUGCAGUUAGUAAUUGAGUAUUCUGAUAUAAAACGCUUCUCUUUGCACUUACUGGAUGGAAUGUGCUUGAAAACUUGUGAUAUCAAAUGGUGUUUCGGGAUGGAAUGCAUUCUGGAAAGUGAGGAGAACAAUUUGUCACAGUUAGAGAGAAUGAAACUAUAUGAUUUGCCAAAACUGAGGAUGAUAUGCGGGGAAGUUGUGAAACCAGGUACUCUAAAGAACCUGAAGAGUAUUCAUGUUGAAAGAUGUGGCUCACUGAAAUUUCUGUUCCAAAAGCAGCUCAUCCUCGAACUUAAAAGUCUUGAAGAAAUUAGCAUCGUUGAUUGCCGAGCAAUGGAAGAAAUUAUUGAAGGAGAGAGGAAUACAAACGCUGAAGGCAGCAGCCAUGCAGCCGAAGUGAUCCUUCCAAAAUUGAAGACCUUGAAAUUGCAUUAUUUAGAAAACCUGAAAAGCAUAUACAAUGGGCACAUUCAAUGUGAUUCUCUACGCACCAUUGAAGUUGGUCGCUGCAAAGCUCUAAAGAAAUUGCCUCUGGGUCUGUUCGGAAUAGAGGAAGGUCAGCAAAUAUCACCAUCAUCUGCUCUUGAACAAAUAAGGUGUGAUGAACAAUGGUGGGAAUCGCUUCAGUGGGACCAACCCCAAGCUAAGUAUCUCCUUCAACCGUACCUUGUCAAUCCCCAUAGCAGCAGGGACAGGUUUGCUCCAAGCAGCCGUAAUACAGCGUGAAGGAGUUAAUGUUGAAGUUUGUAUAAUAUUUGAUAUGAAGAAAAGGAAAUAUCGUGUGCGCCCCUGUUAUUGGAGUGUUGGCUUGUUUCUUCCAACUUUAUGGUGAGACUAAAGUGAAUUUUAAAGCUAUUUUCAUAUUUCUUUGUGAGACUUGCUGUUAACCAUAUGCUUUAAGAAUGAUUUGGUUUCUUUGUCAAA